GAGCACUCUGACAGCGAUGACGAGGUGGACUCAGAUUUUGACAUCGAUGAGGGCGACGAGCCGGGCUCAGAGCAGGACGAGGCCGAGCCCCAGCGCCGCCGCCGYGUCCUCACCAAGGCAUACCGGGAGCCCCUCAAGAGCCUGCGGGCCAAGAAGGCGGAGGGGCCCCGGGGAGGAUCCCAGAAAACUCGGGAGGUGAAAUCCGUGCCCUUGGAGCUGCAGGAGGAUGUGGGGGACAGCCGGAAGCACAUGCGCCAGUCCACCACGGAGCACACGCGGCAGACGUUCCUGCGGCUCCAGGAGCGCCAGGUGCAGUCCAAGAGGAAGAAGGGAGGCCCCAACUACGAGAGGCCCCUGACCCAGGAGGAGCUGCUGGAGGAGGCCAAGAUCACCGAGGAGAUCAACCUGCGCUCCCUGGGUGAGGGAAUGUUGGGGUGUGGGAUUUGGGAUUUGGGAUAUGGGAUAUUGGGAUCAUCCGCAAAUAUGUCACUGCCGACGGGCUGCCCAGCCCGGCCGCCAGAAAAUCGUCAUCAAACAGAGCGUGCCCGCUUCCUAAAGGUUGGGGUGUGGGAUUUGGGAUAUCAGGAUUUUGGGGUGGAUGGGAGUGAUGAUUUUGUUGAGGAGACCCCACCAAAAAUGAUAUCAAAUCGUCAUCAAACAGAGCGUGCCCAGUGCCUGAAAUCCGGGAUUUGGGGAUAUUGGGGUGUCAGGAAACUGGGAUCUUGGGAUUUGGGAUAUUGGGAUAUGGGAUUUGGGAUCAUCCGCAAAUACAUCACUGCCCAUGGGCUGCCCAGCGCCGCCGCUGCCGCCAUGGCCACGGGCACCGACAGCCCGGGACCGCGGCCCGGCCGCCAGAAAAUCGUCAUCAAACAGAGCGUGCCCGCCUCAUAAAGGUUGGGGUGUGGGGAUUGGGGA